AUGGGCCUGUCCACGGAUAUUGCCGGUCCAGAAAAUGUCAACCUGGAACGCUGCCAACUCAACCCUUUCACCCACGGAUUGCGACACGUUUGUCACCGAGCAAGCUUCUGGGCCGAUAGGACGCCCGUUCACGAGAUCGCGAACGGCGCCUGCGUGAACCUGCUCACCUACGACGCGAUCACCCCCUUGCACGAGGCCAGCCUGCGAGGCCAGACGCAGUGCGUGGAGCUCUUGCUCUCCGCAGGGGCCCAGGUGGAUGCCAGGAACAUCGACGGCAGCACUCCCCUGUGCGAUGCAUGCGCCUCGGGCAGCGUCGAGUGUGUGAAAGUGCUCCUGUCCCACGGGGCGAAGGUGAAUCCUCCGCUCUACACGGCGUCCCCUCUCCACGAAGCCUGCAUGAACGGGAGUUCGGAGUGCGUGCGGCUUUUGAUAGAGGUCGGGGCCAAACUGGAGGCCCACGACUGCCACUUCGGAACCCCUCUGCACGUGGCCUGUGCCCGGGAGCAUGUGGAUUGCGUCAAGUUACUGCUCAAUGCAGGGGCAAAUGUGAAUGCAGCCAAACUCCAUGAGACAGCCCUUCACCACGCAGCCAAGGUGAAAAAUGUGGAUCUGGUAGAGAUGCUGAUUGAAUUUGGAGGAAACGUUUAUGCCCGGGACAACCGGGGGAAGAAACCGUCCGACUACACGUGUGAGACGAGCCCGACGGCCAAGUGCCUGCAGUACUAUGAAAAUGGGCGUUAUAUUUGCCCUUUUCCAGUCUUCUGGAAUCUCUUCCGUCUUCCAUGAAUUUCCAAAGGUAAUAGCUAAUGGCUCGUCCUCAGUCAGCUCCUUUGUGUUCUGGGAUGCAUUUCAUCAGGCCCUGAUGACCUGAAAACAUCUGAUUUGAUUAGGCAAUUUUUGUAAUUGUGCUUUUCCUAUUUUAGUCUCUGAUCCUACCUCAUUUUCACCGGCAUUUACUACAUUAGGCGUCCAAUCAGCACCAACCUUCUUGGUGAAAACCAGAAUGGAGUCAUUGAAAGCACCUUUGCCAUUUCCACAUUUCUCUUGUUAUCCCCCCCAUCCCUCCCGACGCACUCCAUGAGUAACAGGCCUGUCUUGUCCUUGGGCUUCUUCUUGCUUCUGACGUCUUUAUGGAAUGUUUUCUUGUCACCCUUUAUGCCUCUAGCUGGUUUGAUUUUGGCCUUUCCAGUUGUGUUCCUACGUACUUGUGUGGUUUGCUUAUGUUCAUCCUUUGUGAUUUGGCCUCGUUUCCACUUUUUGUAGGACUCUUUUUGGAUUUUCAGAUCACCAAAGAUCUCCUGGUUAAGCCAAGUGGCCUCUUGCCCUACUGUCUAUCUGUCCUGCACAGUGGGAUAAUUUGCUAUUGAACAUAAGAAUGGCCGUACUGG